GUUGAUUAGCUGACAUAAUUGAUUACCAACUUGGGACCCUUACAGAGUAGAAACAUAAGCAUGUGUUGUGUCGGGUUAGAUUGCUCAGGAGCUUGUCUAAACCUAAUAGUUUCUCCUUCUAUAUAAUGAAACAAGCUUAUUGGUACUCUUCAUCAACCACAACUUUCAUUCAAAGAGCUUUUCAAACAGAACUCACAUAUCUUUUCUCUUUCUUUCUCCACACUUUGCUUUCCAAUCUCAAGCUUUAACUCUCCCUGAAAAUGAUGAUAAACGCAAAGAAGCUUAUGAAGAUGGCUAAGAAAUGGCAACAAAGAGCAGCCCUCCACAGGAAAAGAAUCUCAUUUCAGAGAUCAAAUGUCUUUACUAGCAGCUCUUCUACUGUAGAAAAGGGUUGUUUCGUGGUCUACACGGCGGAUAAAAUCCGCUUUGCUUUUCCAAUAAGUUAUCUGAGCAACUCUAUUGUCCAAGAGCUCUUGAAAAUAUCUGAAGAAGAGUUCGGUCUCCCAACGGAAGGACCAAUCACAUUGCCGUUCGAUUCGGUUUUCUUGGAGUAUCUCAUCAAACUGAUCCAAAGACGAAUGGAUGGAGAUACAGAAAAGGCUCUGUUGAUGUCAAUCUCUAGUGCUAAGUGUUCUUUACAAUGUUCUUUGCUACAGCAAGAACAGAGUACUCAACAAUUGCUUGUAUUAUAGGGUUUCUUAAAAGAACAUAUAGUUUUGUAAAUAUUCAGAUAUUUUUAUACUUUAUACAAGAUAAACAUUACCACUAUUCUCUCAGGAAAAAUUAAGUUCACUUUUAAGCUUUACGUAAAUGUUGG